AUGCGUCGAGAGAAGCGUGAUCGCAGACAUUUCAAGCGUAUGCGCUUCCCACCUUUUGAUGACGAAGAGCCGCCGUUGGAUUAUGGUGAUAACGUGCUGGAUGUUGAGCCUCUUGAAGCCAUUCAGCUGGAGCUCGAUACAGAAGAAGAUUCUGCCAUCAUCGACUGGUUUUACGACCUGAAGCCGUUGGUGGACACACCUGCGGUCAACGGUCCUUCAUAUCGCUAUUGGCAGCUCUCACUACCUGUCAUGGCGAUUUUGUAUCGUCUUGGCAGAACCUUGCUAUCAGACCAGCCUGAUAGCAACGCAAGCUAUCUCUUCGAUAAGAAAUCUUUCUUUACCGCAAAAGCUCUCAACUUGGCAAUUCCUGGGGGGCCAAAGUUUGAGCCCUUGUACCGUGACAUGGAUGCUUUCGAUGAAGACUGGAACGAGUUUAAUGAUGUCAACAAAGUCAUUAUUCGUCAACAAAUUCGUACCGAGUACAAGGUCGCCUUCCCGCAUCUCUAUAACUCCCUCCCGCGUUCUGUUCACCUCUCGCCGUAUCAUUCGCCCAAGAAUGUCUAUAUUCGCACACAUGAUCCCGACCUACCCGCCUUCUAUUUCGACCCACUUAUCAACCCUAUCUCCCUGCGGGGCACCACUCCGAAGAACGCACCGCUCCCAUUCCUUGAGGACAAGCCUCUCGAGAACGACCUUACUGCUGAUGGUAUUGUUCUAUGGUGGGCACCUGAACCUUAUAAUCGGCGCUCUGGUCGCAUGCGUCGUGCGCAGGAUAUACCUCUUGUGAAGAACUGGUACUUGGAGCACUGUCCUCCCAACCAGCCAGUCAAGGUUCGCGUAUCGCACCAGAAGUUGCUCAAGUGCUUCGUCCUCAACGAGCUCAAGAGUCGGCCUGAGAAGGCGAUGACUAAGAAGAAUCUCUUCCGGCAAUUGAAGGCGACGAAGUUCUUCCAGACGACAAAGCUUGACUGGGUGGAAGCCGGUUUGCAGGUGUGCAGACAAGGGUGCAACAUGCUUAACCUCCUCAUCCACAGAAAGAACUUGAACUACUUGCAUCUCGAUUAUAACAUGAAUUUGAAGCCAGUGAAGACGCUCACUACAAAGGAGCGAAAAAGUCUCGCUUCGGAAACGCCUUCCACUUGUUUCCGCCUUGGUAACGUUGAUGCUUUCCAGCUCGCAGACGCACUGCAGUACAUCUUUGCGCACAUCGGCGCCUUGACUGGUAUGUACCGGUACAAGUACGAGCUCAUGAGACCAGUUCGCAUGACAAAAGAUCUCAAGCACUUGAUCUACUACCGCUUUAGCACUGGCCCUGUCGGCAAAGGUCCUGGAAAUGGCUUCUGGGCUCCUUUUCGAGGAACGCAACAGCAAGGGCAUUGUGAAGACUGGGACAAAGUUGUCGAGUUUCACUACGACCUUGAAUUGCGUGCUACUGCCAUGCACGUCAUUCUCGACAUGAUGCCCGAGUUCAUCAAGCAGAACAAGUCGACGACAAUUCUGCAGCAUCUCUCGGAGGCGUGGUGUUGCUGGAAGGCGAACAUCCCGUGGAAAGUCCCUGGAAUACCCACUGCCACUGAAAACAUUAUCCUACGGUACAUCAAGAGUAAGGCUGAUUGGUGGUGCUCGGUUGAUAAGGCAGUAGUGAAGAAAAAUCUGGGUCGGCUGACUCGUCACGACCGUUCACUUGCUAGAGAGCCACAAAUUUGCUCCUAUCCCAUUCCCACCGAUCGUAUUUUUGGCAAGGUGUUCUUGCAGGAAUUUGUGGACGCACGACGACAGCCUAGUAUUCAAAAUGCCCCCCAAGUGCUCUACACCAACCGCGACCCACCCUUGGAAAUCCGUGAUCUGUUCACUACAAGUACAUCCCCCUGCAAGGGCGCUCAUUCAUCUCUGAUAAACCCUUCUUUCAUCUUUCAUCGGACCACUCCAUCCACUUCCUGA